CGCAAAGCUAAGUCAUACCCGGUGGCUGGUGGAUCGGAAGAGUGCCUACACGAGCGAAAUAUGGUAAGUAGUGAUAUACAUAUAUCCUGGGGAGGAUCCCUUAAGUGUUUUAACAAUUACCGGAGGAUUUCACCUAAAAUCGGCUUGUCACUUACCUACCUAGUAGCCACCUAGGAAACGCUGCUAUGGACUUCCAAAUUUGCUUUGGUCUCUCCCUAGUCGAGACACUUAUCACCUCCGCCUUGAGUCCAACUCAUGAGGCAUUCUCAGACCUGCCGACAAGCAAAACACUUCUUUUUCUAGGAUUCUUCAGUGCACAGUGGGCGUUGAUUAAAUUUUAUCGUGUUUUUAUAUAUCCAUAUUUCGUUUCUCCGUUAAGGGGCAUACCUGGCCCAAAGGAUAACCAUUUCUUUAUCGGUCAACUUUUACAUCUUUAUAGAGCCGCGACUCCUAUUGAUCAGUAUAUGAGCUGGUCUGCGACAUGGCCCGAAUCACCGUUCAUCCGUUAUCCCAUCCUUGCCAACAAAGAAAUCCUCCUAAUAAACACCAUCGAGGCUCAUAAGCAGGUAUUACAGACUAAGUGCUAUGACUUCGUUAAGCCAAAGUUCCUGGAAAGGCUGCUUGGCGAGAUCGUCGGCACAGGUCUCCUAUUUGCUGAGAACCAUGAACAUAAGAAACAACGAAGAAUGAUUCUAAAUGUCUUCUCCGUGCCUAAUAUGAAGAAGCUCAUCCCAGUCUUCCAACAAAAGGCAGAGGAGAUGACAGUGUUUAUUGAGCGCAAGAUAAAGGAGAACGGCACGAAAAAUCUUGAAGUUCAAAAAAUAUUCACCAAAGCUACUUUGGAUGCUAUUGGAGUUGCAGCCCUAGGUAUCGAAUUAGAGAACCUUCGAUCGGAGGAAUUGAAAUUGGAUUUCCUACAAUGUUACAUCCGCAUGCUCUCGCAACCACCAGUGAGCGCACUAAUCAGCUUCAUUCACGUCCACAUACCGAUUCGCCGAUUCAUACCCUUAGAGGCCAAUUGGGGUUUCAUGCGAGCGAUGCGAGGAGUUCACAGCAUGCUUAACCAAUGUAUCGAGGAACGUAUUCGAGACCUCAAGUCUACGGACCGAGAGAAGGUCGGCGGGACCGAGUCUCGGGACUUGCUGACUUACAUGAUUGAGGAACGGGAACUACAGAAAGAGGAACUCACCAUUGCAGAUAUCCGCGGUCAUUUGCAAAAUUUCCUUUCUGCCGGCCACGAAACAACAUCCGGCGCUCUGACAUGGGCUUCUUACGUCUUAGCUACCCGACCAGAUAUCCAAGAUAGAUUAAGGGAUGAAGUAGUUCAGAACCUAGGCACGUUCGGAAUCCCUACUUACAACGAAAUCGAGAAACUCUCCUACCUUAAAGACUUCCUCCAAGAAGUGCUACGAGUGUACACUCCAGCACCGGCUACCUGGAGAGAAGCAGCCAAGGAUGUCACGAUAUGCGGACAAUUCCUACCUAAGGGGACACAACUCGUGCUUAGCCCACCCGUAACGAACCUGUCUCCUCGAAUAUGGGGUCCCGACGCUCGCGAGUUCAUACCAGAACGGUGGGAAUCAUUAACGGACGAUGCCACGACACCAUACGCAACACAGACGUUCGGGAACGGGCCGCGCAUAUGUAUCGGCAAGAGCUACUCGCUACUUGCGUUUAAGGUGAUGAUGAUCGAGCUACUACGAAGCUUCCGCUUCUCGCGCAGCCCGCAACUCGAGGCACUAGGUGACGGGCCGGUACCCGUCCAGAACCCGGCUGUGACGUGGCGGCCUAAAGGGGGAAUGACGGUUCACUUGGAAAAGAUUACGUGGUCGUAAUGGGGAUACGGGAUUACUGGGUUUGUGUACGGGGUUAUGUGUACCAUGGUUUAAUGUUACGAAUAUGAUGACUGAUGAUAACUGAAUUCGGCUGGCUUUGACGUGACAUGGGAUGUUUGUAUGUAUCGAUUGGCUCGGGGAUAGCCGUUUCCAUUGUGACCUAAGGCGGGCAGCAAGUAUCCAGGUUAUACAUGAGGCUGGAAGAGAUACCAAGGUCCU